AUUAACUACAUGAAUAACAGAUGAAACAGAUAUAAUGCAUUAGGUAGUGUGGUUUUAUCUCCUCAGCUCGGCGGCUGGUUUCCUGUUUGUUCGCGGAACUCAGUGUCGCUGCUUCCUCGUUUAGCCGCCGCUCCUCCUCUAGAGAAAUGACAGCAACAUUGCGCCCAUAUCUCAAUGCUGUGCGUGCCACACUGCAGGCCGCCCUCUGCCUGGAGAAUUUCUCUUCACAAGUGGUGGAGAGACACAACAAGCCAGAGGUGGAAGUCAGGAGUAGUAAAGAGUUGCUCCUCCAGCCUGUAAUCAUCAGCCGAAACGACAAAGAGAAGGUUCUGAUCGAGGGCUCCAUCAACUCCGUCAGAGUCAGCAUCGCUGUCAAGCAGGCAGAUGAGAUCGAGAAGAUUCUGUGCCAUAAAUUCAUGCGUUUCAUGAUGAUGAGAGCAGAGAACUUCUUCAUCCUGAGGAGGAAACCAGUGGAGGGAUAUGACAUCAGUUUCCUCAUCACCAACUUCCACACAGAGCAGAUGUACAAGCAUAAACUGGUGGAUUUUGUUAUUCAUUUUAUGGAGGAAAUUGACAAGGAGAUCAGUGAAAUGAAGCUGUCUGUGAAUGCCAGAGCUCGUAUUGUCGCUGAGGAGUUCCUCAAAAAUUUCUGAGAGGGAAAAUCCAGGAAAACAUUCCUUUUGCAAUCUUGGCCGUCACUGUGCAGCGUUCACAUCACAGAGCAGAGAGGAGACAAAACAUGACCAGCCAAGGGAGGUGGAGAAACAUGAGAUGUACAGUAAAGAUGUACAGGCCAGUGGGGUUUCACCCUUUAACUUUAAAACGCCCCUGUGCUCAAAAUAUUGAUGUUUGUACAUAAUGAAUAUUAACACCAGACAUUAAUUUCUGCCUUUAGAACAUGAAGUCAGGGCAGGUCCUUAAAAAGAUGUGUUAUCAAUAUUAAUGAGCACAGGAUAAUAUGGAUUUUUCAGAUAAUUUAAAUGUUUUUUUUUUUUUUUUAAAUCUAUAUAUAUUAUAUAUUAUAUGCACAUGGAUUUCAUUUUGCUAUGUUUUGUUACAACAUACCUUAAACCACAGAAGCAAUCAAAUUAGUUCAUGUUUCUUGUUUUAGUACACAGAGGACCCUAUUGUAGAUGAAAAAUAAAUAUACUUGCUGGCAGUGAAGUUAAAUAAAAAAACAAUGUACUUUGUA